ACCACAGCUAUCCGUUGCCCACAAGGAUGGAAAAGCACGUCGUGUUUGGUUUCGUCGUCGUCUGUCUCGCAGGCACUGCCGUUUGCAAGCUAGGCUCUCCAGGAGGCCCCAUGAAAUUGCACCGGGAUUCGCCAGACGGUUUCCGGACAAUGGAACAAUUUGCAUACGCUGUGGCCAUCUCAGACUCGGACAACGACACCAUAUUCGAGUGCCUGGCUGCAAAACGUUUGGGCAUUGAUCCAGAGACCCAUACUGGCACUUACGAAUUCUCAUUGCCGUCAUCUGGACGUACGCUUUUGUUCUACGUCCGGCCAGGAGACUCCCCUGGUACAAUGACUAUGACGUCGGACAUAGAUUCUAAUCCUAAGGAAGGAAUCAUAUACUACACAGACUAUAAGGACUGUGUUGUGGCGGAUCUGGAGUUGGAAGGAGAAGGACACCAGUGCACGUUAUGGACCCGAGCAAGAGUGAAGAACAACGUACCACAAAACUGCAUUGACCAGUUUGUGGAUGUCUGCGGUGUUGUUGUUCCUGCGCACAGCCGAGACUUGUGCGCGGACGCCGAUGACGAUGAUUAGCAGCCUGGUUCUGUUUCGGUAGAGGCAUAGACCCCCAGGAUUUCACCAUAAUAUAUUCCAUCGGCACCUAGGGUGUAUAUUGCUACCCACGUUUUUGUAUAAUAUAUUGGUAUCCACUUUUUUGUACAAUAUUUUAGGCUGUAUUGCAAAGGACCUACGACCUUUA